AUGACUAUGGAAUUCGACCCAAGACGUGAAAGGAGAAAAGUGCAAAAAAAGAUGAAUGUGUUUGAUCAUAGACUCAUCUCAAGUAAUUCAAAUCAUAGAAUAAAUAUUUGGAGACCAACAGUAUCAAUUAAAGAUAACAAAACUCAUAUAUCAAUUAUAUUUGAAUUAGCAGGUAUUAGUAGAGACCAAAUUUCAAUCGAAGUUACAAAAGAAAAUACUUUAGUAAUUACUGGCGAAAAGAAAUCUAAAGGCGGUUUAAAUAAUUUACCAUCAUCUUCAUCAUCAAUCAAUUCAGAUUCAACUACUAACACUAACACUAACACAACCACAACCACAACAACAGCUCCACCACCACCAAGUGAUGCACAAUUAAAAAAUAUAAUUACAAUUGGAAAAUUCAUUAGAUCUUAUAAAUUACCACCAGGUACAGAUUCUUCAAAGAUUAAAGCAACAAUGGAUGAUGGUCUAUUAGAAAUUAUUAUUCCAAAAGAUACUCCAUCUGAAGAUAGAUUGAAAAUUCCAAUUCAAUCAAAAUUGUAA